AUGCCCUUUGAUGAAACUGGAGUCAAGUGGUCGUGUGAGCCAUGCAUCCGCGGCCACCGUUCCUCUAAAUGCGCCCAUUUCGAUCGCCUCAUGGUUAGUGUUGGAAAAGCUGGACGCCCGUUGUCAAAGUGCCCUCACGUCGAAGGCAGUUGCAACUGCAAAAAACUAUGUGCUUUUAUGGUUGCAAUCCCGAAGGGUAAGGCGCUCUUGAAUACCAGGCCGUUAAUCACUGACAUACUUUCAGGUACGGGAUGUGUAUGCAGGCCGGUGUAUAAGAUGUUACUGGACGAAAAUGGUCCUACUCCAGCGGUCUCUCGACUCCCGAUAGAUCUUACUACUGGCUCGAGCACCAGCCCUAGCCCUAGCAAAAUCCAAAAGUCUGGCAAAAAAACCGUUAAGCCGGCAUCAGAACAGCUUGAAAGAGCUUUACAUACAAUACCAGAUUUUCAGCAACACACUGUUCAAAACGGAUCACCUGCCAUGACCCCAUACGUGCCACACGCACAGUUGAAUGGAUAUUCAUACAAUGGUGCCAAUGGUGCUCUCGCGCAGCCUAGCGUCUUCCCGACCUCGAUUGGCGUGUCAAACGGCAUAGGGCUUUCAGAAGACGUCUUUACACCUGGUGCUUGCCACUCGAACAGCUUUCCUUCGACUAUGCAACCCCAACCCUCUAUUCCCAUGCAAGCUCAAUCCUCUUGCUGCUCAGGGUCCCGCCGUGGAAGCCCAAAUGGUUCCAAGGUCGAGCAAAGAACUUAUGUGCAAAACGGGUUCCCUGCGUCGCCUUUGAUUUCUUCACCCUUGAUUGGAACCCCCUCCACUUGGCAGGGGUUUCCAAGCAUGGAUGGCCACUUCCCGCAUCUUUCUGGUCCUUCGAACGGGCUUCAAUCAGUCUUGCCUGAUUACGCAUCUCAGGUCUCCCCUAAAGACUACAACAAGCCUACUAGUGUUAACUUCGACCAUAUUUCGAUCUCUCGACCCGACCGUGUCGGCUCCUCUGAUUUUGCGCACCACCUUCCCGAAACAGCUGUCCAUGGCGCUACACGUAGCUGCAACUGUGGUCCGAAAUGCAAUUGUUUUGCAUGCCCUGACCAUCCUUACAACGAGGUUACGAUGCAGCAUGUUCAGGAAAUGGGUCGCAUUAUUGCCCAGGACACGCAGACCUCCGAAGAUAUCAGAAGUUAUCCUGGCCAAAACGGUCAGAGCAACGGUACUCAUGAUAACAACUCUGAGACCAGACAAGCAAUCUUAGAUCCCGAGAGUCACUUGACGAGUGGAUUCGAUCCUCCGACGACCGGAAAUUGCUGUGGUGUUGACGAUGCUGUUUUGGAUGAUGAUUCGGAGGCCCAGACUUUCAAUUCAGUAACUGCAGACCAUCUCAUGGUCCCUGACGCUUACUACACUUACGAAUACCAGAUUGGCUUACCUGGCGCCUGUGCCGGCGAGGCUGGUAACUGCCAAUGUGGUCCCAGUUGCAGCUGCCUCGGUUGUCUCACUCACGGAAACCCACCAUGA